AUGGCCGACGAAAUCAGCGAACUCAAACGUACCGUGGAACUUCUUCGGAACGAGGUUACUCGGUUAAGUGGUAGGUACAGUUUGAAUGUGAUAUUACGAAGAGAUUCGAAAGCUGCAGUGGUAGAACUAUUCUCCACCAGCCCGGAGGCCUACGUGCAGUUUCUGGGCGGGCGGUACCUGACCAAAGAGGGAGUCAAGAGACUCUAUGUUGAUCGAUUCUCCAAGGGUUUUGUUCAAAGAAAUGGUCCUGUACACGGCUUCUUGCUUGAUCAUCCCCAGAUGCAAGGGAUUGUUGACGUUGAGUAUGGAACCCGCUCAGACGGCACAGUUGCUCUAGCCAAGGGUCGUUUUCGCUCUCUGAUGCAAGCUGGUGUCCACAUUAGUCAGGCAGAGAAGCACCCUCGAGGAUUCUGCCAGUGGUUUGAGGGUGGCAUCUACGAGAAUGAGUAUGUCAAGGAAGCCGAUGGAAAGUGGCGUAUUCUCCGUCUUCGAUACUUUCCUUUCUGGCAUGGAGAUGUUGAAGAAGGAUGGUCAAAGAAGACAUCUGGUUUCGUCCCAUUCCCCAAGAAGACGUUUCCCGAGGAUCCUACGGGACCGGACGAGGUUGUAUCGACAGAUCAGCAGAUGCUGUGGCCAGAUACGAGGGUCGUCCCCUUCCAUUAUCAACAUCCCAUUACUGGGCAGCAGGUUAAGGAUGAGGAUAUGCAGGCCCCUGCUUUUGGGGAGCCGGCUAAGGAUGCACUUCCUGCUUUGAAGCUAGAGUAG